AUGCCUGAUCCGCGCACCUACCUCGACAUGGCGAUUCCAGUGGUCAGCACACUUCCCGAGUGUGCCGAUUUCCACAAGACGGUCGAGCCGUACCUACCACAACUCUAUGACCUGCCGUACCAAGUCGUAGCACGCAUCUCGGACGUCCAGGCGCUCAAGGAGCUCUAUCUCAGCACCAACCCCCUCAUAUCGUCAUUCGCCUUUGCCGUCAUGUUCCUCUCGCCUGUUGUCCUUGUCCUUUCCGAAAUCAACCGCAACUACUCGCAGGUCGACCGAAUCUGGAGCUUACUGCCUGCUCUGUACAACAUACAUUAUGCAACAUGGGCACAUUUGAAUGGCCUGCCAGCGACAAAGCUAGACCAUGUCAUGGCUGUCUCCAUCAUCUGGAGCGCUCGCUUGACCUUCAACUACUGGCGCAAGGGCGGAUACACGAUUGGAAGUGAGGAUUACAGGUGGAACAUUGUAAAAGACUACAUUGGCGGUCCAGCCAUGUUUGUCAUGAACGUCGUUUUCAUCUCGUUUUAUCAGAAUUUUCUCCUCUGGGUCAUCACAACACCAACGUACAUUUUGCUCCUUGCAAACAGGAUCACUGGCAAUACCGUCUCCUCGUACGACUCACUCUUUGGCCGAUCCAUGGUCGCCCUUGUUGUCCUGGAAUUCUUCGCCGAUCAGGCGCAAUGGAAUUACUACGCCGCUAGGGACGAAUACCGCAACACAGCCAAAGUCCCGGCUAACAAGAAGUACACGCGCGAACAGCUCGAUCGCGGUUUCAACACCACCGGCCUUUUCGCAUGGUCCCGCCAUCCCAACUUUGCCGCCGAACAAGCCUUUUGGGUCUUCUUGUACCAAUGGUGCUGCCUAGAGACGGAGACGUAUUACAAUUGGGCUGCUAUCGGUGCGGCCUUGUACUUGGCCUUGUUCCAGGGCAGCACCUGGCUUACUGAGUUGCUGAGUGCGGGCAAGUAUCCAGAAUACAAGGUUUAUCAGGAGCGUGUAAGCAUGUUUCUGCCCAAGCUUAGCACCAAGAGUAUGGAGGAGCCGCAGACAGAGGUGGAGAAGAAGAAGGUCAAGGAUGCCAAGGCUGGGAAGGGGGCUGUCAAGGCGAAAAAAUAG